AUGAGCAGCAAGCAGCCACAAAUGCUCAUGAAAUCAACCCUCCACAAGACCAAGAAAUUUUUCACCAAAACCCCCACAAAUUCCAAAAUCAUCAUGGAUGAAGCUGUAUUGCCAAAGAAGAAAGAGUGGACGAGGGCGAGAAAGUGGUCGUCAGCUGAGAAGCAGGAAGAUGAUUUGGCGCAGAAGAUAGAAGAUUUGGAGAUGAUGAUGAUGGAGUUGAACGAUUGGGAUCACGCGCUAGACGUGGAGGAGGCGCUGCAUUACUACUCGCGCCUCACAUGCCCGGCUUACGUACAAAUUGUAGACCAGUUUUUCAUGGACAUGUAUUCGGAAUUCCACGCUUCAAUGAGGAAACUGGCGCCCCACAGCAAUUACAGCUCAAUGAGAAGUCUUGCACCUUUAAAGCUAUGAAAUUUCUAAGCCUUUCUAUUUUGAAACAUGAAUUAAUGCUUAUGUAUUGUGUAAUAGCAUGUAUUUUUUUUUUCUUGGAAUAAUUUUUUGUUGAUUACUAGUGUGCUGCUGGAAAUUGUACUCGAUUAUUAUACUCCAUCUAUCUAUUAACUCUUUUAUUUUCAA